AAUGCCACCAGACCGACAUGGAGUCUAAACCCGCUCCUCUCGCCGUCUGCUUGGCUGUGGUUUCCGUGUUCAUCGCCCAACAUGGACGGGUUACAGGACAACUCUCCCCACCUGUGUGUCAGACCUGGAACUCAACAACUGUCGUGUGUCAAGGUUAUCCGUUUUGGCAGCAUCUAACCAGAUCUCAUCUAACUGAAGUACCUCCCGGCAUCCCCGAGUCUGUCAUCACGGUGGAUCUCAGUAAGAACAACAUAACUAUACUGUAUAACGGCUCGUUUAGUGGGUUAAGAAACCUGAGAUCCUUAGACCUGACUUAUAAUAUCGAGGUCGGUACGUUCGCUGGGUUGGAGAAGUUGGAACGUCUUGAUAUGCGUUCGUGGCCUUUCAUCGAGACACAAACGCCCCUUAAGCUUCUUCAAAAUGGACUUUUCCAAGAUCUGCGAAACCUGAACUAUCUGACCGUGGACACCGAUAGAGUCGCCAGUGAGGGAGUGUUCACGGGGUUAUCUAAACUCAAGUAUUUACGACUCGGCCUGAAAAAUAUCAACAGUUUACCCGAUCACAUAUUUGAUUCUUUGACUUCAAUGGAAAGUCUAGAGAUAUGGGAACUCGGCCAUCACAUAAAAGAGGACCUAAAUACCACCAUGAGAAGAGUCCACAGCGGAAGUGGGUUCUUACAACGACGCCUGCUGUGGGCACCGCUGCACAACCUUAAAGAAUUGAGUCUGUGGGAUCUAACAAGAGCCAGGGACUCGUACUUUGGACCUGUAUUUAGAAACAUGUCUAAGUUGGAGAGUAUAAAUUGUAACAUAGAUCCACUUAUUCCCCUCAAUACUGAAAUGCUCAGGCCGCUGUUACCAACUCUGAAACAUAUAUAUGUACACACUGCUGGUGCUCCGAUAGCUCCCGGCCUGUUGAAGUCACUCACACAUCUGCAGACGCUGGACACCUCCUUUUCUCCUUUUCCCGCCAUUAUGGACGUUCUGCCUGAACUCCGACACACGCAGAUUCAGGAGUUGUCAUUAUCCCUGAGGGGAAUUGAUAUAAUAACAUCUGAUACUCUAGCGGGCUUAAAAGGUCUAAAACAUUUGAAAACAUUAAUUCUUUGCAUUGACAAAAUUAGACCCAUACAAGCUAACGCCUUUGAGGGUUUGUCACAUUUACAAAGGCUGGAUGUGACGCAGGGUUUCAAGGCGUUAACUUUACACGACAAGGCAUUCAGCGGACUGUCCUCACUCACUCAUCUUAACUUGACAUAUAACAGUAUUCAUAGUUUACCACAAGACGUGUUUGAAGGACUGCCCUCGCUCACUCAUCUUGAUUUGAGCCAUGACAACUUGCAAACCUCCCAAGCUCAGCUUCCAGAGACCUUGGACUAUCUUGAUCUCAGUAACAAUAAGCUACAUAACAGACAAACAGGUCAACCACCAUGUGGCAUGCCUUUCUCAGUUAACCUCCGUGGUUUAAAAAGCGUGAAUCAUCUGAAUUUGGGUCAUAAUGAAAUUGUAAAUGUUAACGUCGAUUGUCUACCUAGGAAUAUUACUGUGCUUGAUUUGCAGCACAACAACAUAAGAUACGUGUAUAAACCAUUCUGCUUUGCGAGUUUACGGUAUCUCGACCUUUCUAACAAUGAAAUCUCAAAGCCUGCUAGUUACUAUACGUCACCAUGUGAGCAAUCGGUCUUAGAAACACUUAGGUUGGAUAACAACGCGAUAAUAGAUAUAUCACUAUGGCCCCGGUAUCACAAAAUUUUGAAAACGUUCACUCUUUCUCACAACCAAAUCCAGCGCAUUAGAACAGGACAAUUGACAUGGUUGAACCAGCUGGAGCAUUUGGACCUCAGUCAUAACGAGAUCAACACCGUCAUGACAUCCGCCUUCCGUGGACUAUCUCGGCUACAAUUCCUGGAUCUCAGUAACAACAAGAUAAAGUAUAUAACACAGAUGACAUUUGAAGGUUUAGAUAACCUCACACAUCUAAACCUGGCAGCCAACAGGAUAGCAGUGAUUGGGGACGCCUUUCAGCGUCUGUACGGGUUGAGGCACCUGAAUCUGAGCAGCAACAGGUUGACUGUGUUAAAUCAAACAACACUGGGUCCUGUUGUCUACCGGUUAGAGACUAUCGACAUUGCAGACAACCCGUUUCUGUGUGACUGUAAGUUAAUGUGGUUUGUUGAGUGGGCCCUGGAUAAAUACGACAGGGUAGCGAACUUCCACAACUCCUAUCCCGACUUCGGUCGAGGGUACACGUGUUCCCGUCCGCCUGAACAGCGUGGAAGACGUUUGUUAGACGGGCUGACGCAGAAACAACACUCUAACGACAGACAGGAUCCAUCAGAACGAAAGUUUUUCGACACAGUCUGUAGUCAUGGAUUCCGGCCCAACCGCCUCCUGGCUUGUGUGCUCGCCUCUUCGGGCAUCUUCGUCGCCAUGACGACCAUUUUCCUGGUCGACUACCACGUCGGCCGUGUUCAGUACUACCUGUGGAUGUUGGACAAGUGGAGGAGACCGAAGAUUGGAGAAGUAAAGAACCAAGGGCCGCCCAGAUACACGCACGAUGCUUUUCUUGCCUACAACAACCGGGACGUCGGCUGGGUUAUACAUCAAGCGAUAGAGAAUCUGGAACCUGACUACAGCCUGGUCUUACACGAAAGGGACUUUGCAGUGGGCGCUCCCAUUGUGGAAAACAUCGCGGAUGCCGUGGAAAACAGCCGGAGAACCGUCUGCCUCAUCACCAGGAACUUCCUGAAGAGUAAGUGGUGCGAGUACGAGUUCCAGCUGGCCCAGUACCACAUGUUUGAGGAGGGGGGAGGGAGGCGUCUCAUCCUGGUGUUUCUGGAGAGGAUUCCUAACGAAAUGCUGAAACAGUUCCGCCAUCUGAACGCCGUAGUAAAGAGGGACACGUACCUGAUGUGGCCACACGACGUGCGGAAAAGGCCGCUGUUCUGGAGGCGGCUGCGAGACGCUCUGGGCGAUCCUCUACCCCGGGACCCAGAGCCUCAGCAGCAGGUACAGGGUCCGGAACGGAACAUUCCGGAACAACAAGCUCCGGGGCGGAACAUUCCGGAACAGCCAGCUCCGGGACGGAACAUUCCGGAACAGCAAGAACAGGCUCCAGUAAGGAACCUUGUGGAAGUGCAGGUCCAUGCCCCCGUGCGGAACAUUCCGGAACUGCAAGAUGAAAUUCCAUUCCCAGAACCAGACGACCAGUGGUUUGGAGAUGGGGAUGACGUGCCCCUUCUACCGCUGUAGAUCAAGAUCAAGUUUACCAGACUGUUAUUGGUUUGGGAGUACAUUUUGUGGUUAAUAUCCAAGAAGAGUUUAAAUUGACCGCCUGUAACCAAUUUGGCCAAUAUAAAUUUCUCUUGCCCCAAAGAAUACUUAUGCUUGGAGAUUAGUUCUUCGAUUCCUUUCAAGGAAAAGCGGUU